AAACAUUAAAACAUUCAGAACAGCAGGUCGGUGUCUUUGUUGUUAUUCACAGUCAGUGUUUUAUGUCCUGCUUAAAAAUUCUAUUUUGAUACUAUUUUGUGAAGAAAAACAAAAUGACAACAGUGAAUCCUGUGUCCUCCCAAAACCCGGAAACGUCGCGCAAGCCGUUUAACGAAUUCCACUUCAAGGUUCUCAACAGUUUCAAUCUUGAUGAAUUUAAAAAAUUCACCAAUUUUCCGCAACUGCUAGCAGAAACAAUCAAGAAGACAUUAGGCUCUGCGCCUGAUCGUUUCAGUUUCGAAAGUCGGAUCGGACAUCAUUUUAGAAGAAGUAUUUCAAACGAAGACAAGUGGCGCCUCGGUCUAUUCAAUGGUUUGAAAUUGACCGAUGAAUUUUAUGGGAGUGACACCGCCAAACGGAUAUUCAAAAAAAGUUACGGAGUAAGGAGUUGUGCAGUGCGCGUAGUUCGAUUACCAGCGGAAUCCCAAAGUUCUGCUGAUUUGGAAGAGCGGCUCGAAUUGUCCUCAGAUGUCGACGAAGAAAAUGUUGCCGCCAAGAUCGAUCUGACAAUGUCCGAUGAAUCAUCACCUAAUAUCAUCGAUCCACGGAAUAUGCGAGUCAAAUAUCCUCGAAAGCAAACGCAGCCCAAAAAAUCGUCGCCAAUAUCAGGCAUUGAUACCUACAUAUCUCCGGCCAAAUCUGUUGAGAGAAUACCUAUGCCACAUUCGAUGGUAGGAUUCGACGACGAAACUUUCGUUGCUUCAUCUGAACCCGCAACAACAUCGUCAAAACGUAUCUCGAUAAUCUCAAAUGUUGUACUGGUUCCACCUACGCCAUUCAGAGAUGAAACGAGUCGACGACAACCCGAUCGCCGUUUACAUUCGUCCGGUCGUCGAGUGUUCAAACAGGAAAUCGGUCCUAAAUCAAAGGAUCAUCAACGGAAAGUUAUAUAUGUUGAGGACGAAACGGAGAUGAUGCCAGUAGAAGAUGCUAUCAAGGAGAAACCAAAACCCAAAAUUGGACCAAAGUCAAAAUUGAUGCCAACAUAUCAGACAACACAAGACUUACUACAAGAUCUCACGGAUACUAAUCCACUGCCAACUUUAACAAUUGAUGAGUCACUCACAAAGGAAACUGCAGCACCACCAGAGUCUUCAUCGAAGGUUACUACCCCGGCAACAAAGCCUCGUAUCGGACCCAAGUGCGUGCUGCUAAAUCGAAAGCAGUUACAGCUUCCGCCAAAGGAAUUGUUGGAGAAAUCCGUGCAUACUAGCUCAUCUAUCGAACCGGCAGUACAAAAAUCAUCGAAUGUUGUCUUCGCGAUGCCGAAACCGAAAGCUGGUCCAAAGUCUCGAACACGUCAACUUAAAAGUUCAUCGGUAGACUCGAAUCGGAAUGCAACAAAAGUGACAAAUCCACCGAAAAUGGUAACAAUUACCGAGCCAGAGCCAUUACAAACUGCAGUUACCGCUCAUCAGUCACCGCAAAGCGAUCAUUCAUCAAAAAGUCCAACGGUCGAUGAACAUUCCAGCAACAAAACGGAUAAAGCGUCGCUACGGCGAUCGCAGAUGGUCGCAAAAUGGACGGAAAAUAUGGAUACCAGCGAGAUACCAUUCCAGUCAUGCCAUGUGCAAACUCACGAAAAUACUUCAUUGGUCAAAUGUCGUACUACAAGCAGCGAAACGCCGACGCAACCUAGUGAUUCACUAGAACUCAGUGAUAUAAAUCGGUCGAUCGAACGGGCUCAACAAUAUCUGCCGAAAUAUUUUGCCACAACAGAUCGAAAUGUUCGGUCGAUCAAACAUUUCUGGAAUGACUUCCUCAAAUCCGAAUUUCAAGAGGAAAGCAGUGAAGCCGAAACGCAGCUGAUUGCCACCCCGGACGAUGUUGAAUUGGAAGUCCAGUCACAGGCUGUUCUUCAUCCAAAUCAAAUUGAUGACAAUGCAGAAGAAACACGGAUGGAACCACAGAUUGAUCACACAGACGAGGAAAAUGUAGAUGAAGUACGGAUGGAGCCACAAUCAUCGGAUGAUGAGAUGAAUGUGGAAAAUGUGAGCAGUAUAAAAGUUGAGCCACAGUCACCACAGGUUGCUCAGAUAGAUGUGAAAAAUGUGAGUUAUAUACCAAUAGAAGCGCCAGCAUCAGUGGUUGAUCCACAUCUGGUUCGAUGUGCGGAACACUCAGAUGUCCAACAGGAAACGAAAAUUAAAGUUGAAUUAGUCGAAUGCGAUCCCAACGAAACAUAUUCGAGUGAUGUGCAGAUCAUCGAAAUACCACCAGAAGAAAUUAUUGAAAUUUUGGGCGAUGAGACCCAACAAUUAUUUGAUCAAUUGCAAGUGGACAGACGCGAUUCUGAGGAGUUGGUAUUGCCUAUCGUUAUACCGCUGCGAACCAGUAAUACGAUGUCGUCAGUAGCUAGCAGCUCGAAAGGAUUUCUGACGUCACUACCAGUCAUAGCAAGCAAAAAGCGAAACUAUCAACCAUUGGAUAUCGUUGUCGAACCAGUACAAAAACAUCCACCCUUGGAUUUACUUGCUUUCUCCCAGCAGCACCUAACGCCUCCUUCAUAUGAGAACUAUCAAAUCGAAGAAUGCACCAUGUCUGAGUCGCAACACCAGCGGUACGCACUUUUAAACGAUGAAAACUCAAUUUUUUUGUCAUCACAAUUAGAACAUUAUGCAUUCAACACAGGCAAGACUCCUGAUCCUAAAUCGGUCGCAGUACAAAUCGACUGCACUUCACAACCAUUAGCUUUAAAACGAUUAUCUCAAGGUGCACUGGAUCGACAACCAAACAAACGGAGGCGAUGUGAUGAAGUCGUAAAACGCGAACUUAACUGGAAAAUCAUGGACAUAAGAACGAUAGCGUUUAAGCCACUGGGGAAUAAUACUUUUCAUUUGGAAUUUCAAUUGCGUAACAACUAUGACACAUUCCACAUUCAAGACGAACCGUCGAUCAAACGAAUUCUACAUUUAAGCAACAAUGAAUGGAAACAUAUCGUUAGAAUUUUGUCGGCUCUACGGAACGGAUACCGAUAUGAUUCUGCGAUAGCUGCACGAACAUCUGAUCUGCCAAGCAGAGUGAUGAACUGUUUCGUCCAAUCCAUUCCGAUAUUCGUUCGGUCAAACAUUCAAUUUAAAGACUUCAUGGGACAUUGUCUGGAGGUGUCUGAACAGCAACCGUUGCGAAACGAGUGUGUUGAUGCUGCUGUCAAUCCGCUUAUUUUAAGAAAAAUGGGUGAAUUGAAGAGAAAAUUGGAUAAAGGCGGUUGAUAUUGUUCGUUUGGUCCAUGUAUCGAUAAUGAAGUAAAAAUAUUUUUGUUUUUGAAAAAUAAAAAUUUAAAAUCAAAUCGAGAAAGAAAUUC